UUCCAGUCCGGGUUAGGACUUUCCGACGUGGGCGGAGCGCCGCUGCGGGAGGGCGGAGCAGGAAGUGCGGAGUCGGCCGAGUGCAGCAGUUUGCUGUCAAUCACGUUCCGGUUUGACGGAGUCUGCAAAGCGUGUUAGCUUCACUCCGACUGCCUGCGAUGGCUGAGGCCGUUCUGCUCGACCUGCUCCACGGCCGCUGUCCCGCCUGCGCCGGCGCGUCCCCGCUGGAAGAGUCCACCUCAGACUCCCAUGUGUUCCUGCUGUGCGGGAAAAGACACCCGCACCCCAACGGCUGUUCAUCCGCGCCUCUGCGCUCGUGCAGAAGCGUCCACGUCCUGGACUUCAGUUCAACCGCAGAGUGUUUGUUCCGAUUCAAGCAGACUGUGGACGAGCUGGACCUGAGCUCGGUUCGGGUCCUCACGACUCCGCAGGGCCGAAAGGUGCUGCAGGUCUACCAGGAGCGGCUUUUCACCCCCGUCUACACCUUUGAAUACGAGGUGAGACCGGUGGACGACCUCACCUGUCCGAGCUGCAGAGGCUCAGUCCACACGGACUCACCUGCUCAGGGAGGCCCCGAAGAAGAACUUUCCACGUUUCUGCAGCAGCUGCCUGCACUGAAGGGGGACAUCACAGUCCUGAAGUCAACGCUGAUCCCAGAUUGUUUUGGUCACGGCUUCAGCACCCGCGCAGGAGGUGUGUCCUACAUCCCCACCCUGUCCGCACUGAAUCUGUUCAGCAGCAGCAGGCGGAGGGACCCCGGGGCCGUCGUGCUGGAGAACAGACGGCGACUGGCCCUCCAUGCCGGUUUCCACCCUCGGCCACUACAUCUGGUCAAGGUGGCCCACGCCAACGAUGUUUGGGUUCUGGGGAAAGCCGAGCCGGAGAGCUACGACGCAGUGGUGACCAAUCAGACUGGAGUGGUUUUAGCCGCUCCAGGAGCCGACUGCAUGCCGAUCCUGUUCGCCGAUCCGGUGUCAAAGGUCAUUGGAGCCGCUCACGCAGGAUGGAGAGGGACCCUGAUGGGAGUUGCUACGGCCACUGUGGAUGCCAUGGUGACAGAGUUCGGUUGCCGUGUGAGCGACAUCACGGUGGCGGUGGGACCGUCGGUGGGGGCAUGUUGUUUCACCCUGGACAGAGAUCACGCACUGGACUUCAGCCGCAUAAAUCCAGACUGCGUCUCCGAUCUGGACUCAGCCAGACCACACGUCAGCAUCCGCCUCGCCAACAGAACGCUCCUUGAGAAAGGUGGCAUCCUACCUGAACACAUCCACGACGACACGGUGACGGAGCGGCCCAGCGUGACGCCCUGCACCUCCUGUCACCCCGAGGCCUUCUUCUCCCACGUCAGAGACGGACUCAACUUCGGCACUCAGGUGGGCUUCCUGUGGAUCAAGGAGACGGAGGAGGAGACCCGACCGGCGGCGGACAAGACCAUCUGACAGCAGUCACAGAAAUCAGCUGUGCUGUCGUCUGGACUCUUUAAUAGUCAGCAGGUAGAAACACCUGGAGGGACCAAAUUACUUAUAACUGAUUACAUAUGUCAAAAAGAAAUGUUUAAUGCAACCUCUCAUGAUGAAUAAUUAGUGCUGCAUCUGAGAUCCGAGCAGCACGUUGCACAUAACGUCACAUAAACGCUAAGUGCACCGUUGAGGUUCCAGUCGAGUGGAUUUUAUAGAACAAAACCAAAUUAAGCUCAGCAGCUGCUGCUAAUGUGCCUGGAAUGAGCAGUUCAGGAGCACGCAGGAAAUGUGGGAAAUAUGGCUGCUGUGGGUCUAACAGAGUGUGUUUGGAACAAUCUUUACUGCAACAUACAUGUAAUAGUCUUAGAAGUUUGUGUCUGAGUUGUUCUGAGAUGGAUCUCAGUACUGAUGGUGACGGAUGUUCUGCUCACCGUAUCCUCUGCUGUAGCUACAGGCCAGCCCAUCUGUUGAUGAUGUUGAAUGCAUCUUGUGUGUUAGAGGCUGACUGUUGUUGAACAGUCAGAUGGCGCCUGACGAUUCACCGUAUGUCUUUAUAGAAAGCAGUGAAACAUGCUCAUAACUAGCUGUAAUGGAUCAGGUUAGUGAACAGUUUAAAACAAAACACAGACAUCUCUGCAGUACAGACAGCAUUUAUUCUGACAAAUUUAUCAGAGUUUUGUUGAUUUGUCUUACAAAGCAGCCCUUUUUCUAAAAAUAAAUAAAA